CACUUGGUGAGGGGUGAUUGCCACGGAUCAACAGACCAAUCAAUGCCAUGUGGCUCCCGUCAUCGACUCAUUAUUAGGGUUUGCUGAAACUGCUGGGCAAGAUAUAAACUGUCGGCCCCGAGCCGACAUCGCGAGGGGACCAAGUUUCACCGAAUCCUUAUCAUUUUCCCGCUCCCACUCUACACCGCUCACCAUGGCCGACGCUCUCGAAGAUGUGCGCCCGAUGUUCGAUCUGGGCAAGCGCAAUUACAUUGUCACAGGAGGAGCCCAAGGCAUUGGCUUCGCUGUGACGCGCGCCAUUUGUGAGAUGGGCGGCAACGUCGCUGUCAUGGACAUCCAGGAAAAGCCCGUCGAGGAGUUCAACACCCUCAGCACAAAGUUCGGCGCAAAGACCGUCUACAUUCGGGCCGAUGUCACAGAUGAGUCGAGCCUGACCAGCGCUUUCACUCGGGCAUUGGAGGAGCUGGGAUCUAUUGAUGGAUGCGUGCCUUGUGCGGGGAUCGCCAUCGACAAGCCAUUUGUGGAUCAAACCUGGGACGAGUUCACACGAAUCCAGAACAUCAACGUACGGGGCACAUUCUUCACAGCGCAGAUGGUUGCCAAGCACCUGAUUGGAAGAGGCUCAGGCGGCAGCAUGGUCCUUAUUGCCUCGCAGUCAGCCCACAUCGGGCUACCGGGAUACCGUAUGGCCGCUUACAACGCGUCCAAGGGCGGCGUGAUGAUGCUGUCAAAGGCCCUGGCUGUUGAGCUGGCACCCCACAACAUCCGCGUCAACACCAUCUCACCAGGGUUUGUCGACUCUGACAUGACGCGAGAUGUGAGAGCGUCCAAGAGCAAGCGGGAGGGCGAGCAAAUGUGGCUCGCGCCCCCGAUGAAGCGACUGAGCACACAGAAUGACCUCACGGGUGCUGUUAUUUACCUGCUAAGUAGCGCUUCCCGUUUUACCACCGCGGCAGACAUCCCGAUCACUGGAGGUCUGCAUGCUGGUACCAUUGAUGGCUUAAUUAGUUAUGACCAAUGAAUGAUAUAAUAUGUACAGCAG